AUGUCCUUGUACUUGUUGGGAGGUCUCUUGAAGUCACUUGGGUUCCACAUAGAUGCUGGUAUUGGUGUUUUUGGCACGGUCAAAGCUGUAAUGACUUUAAGAAUGAGCUAUAAUCUGAAAAUGGCUGUUCAGAUCUCUGAGCAAAUGUGGUACAGCAUUCUGAACAAGAUGAAAACCAUAGAAAUUCUCUGCUGCAAGCCCAGCGCUAGCUUGAUUGGACAAAAUGUAUUUGACUAUUUGCAUCCAAAAGAUAUUGCCAAAGUGAAAGAACAACUUUCCUCUUCAGAUGUUUCACCAAGAGAAAAACGUAUAGAUGUCAAAAGUAAGUAGCAAAUGCAUUCCUUCUGUCGGAUAAAACAUAGUAGGAAAACAGUAAAGGAAGAAAAAGAGUACUUGCCUAACUCAAAGAAGAAAGAUCACAGAAAAUACAGUACAAUUCAUUGUACUGGCUAUCUGAAGAGCUGGCCUCUUAAUGAAGUUGGAGUGGAAGAGGAGAAUGAGGCAGAAAAAGACAGUGGUAACUUUAACUGUCUUGUUUCAGUUGGGAGAUUGUACCCUUAUAUUGUUUCACAAAAAAGUGGAGAGAGAAAGGUCAAACCAACAGAAUUUGUUACCCUCUUUGCUGUGGAUGGGCACACCAUGGGUGGAAACUUUGUUUAUGUAGACCAGCAGGCAACAGAAAUUUUAGGGUAUCUACCACAGUAACUUCUAGGAACUUCGUGUUAUCAGUAUUUCCAUUAAGAUGAUCAAAAUCAUCUAACUGAUAAACACAAGCAAGUGUUGCAGAGUAAAGAAAAAAUAUUUACAAAUUCCUACAAAUUCAGAGCAACAGAUAGAACUUUCAUUAUGUUAAGGAGUCAGUGGUUUAGUUUCAUAAAUCCUUGGACCAAAGAACUGGAGUACAUUGUGUCAACCAACACUUGUAUAUAUAAUUGUAGAUUGCAUACUUCUCCAGCUAUCAAUGAGUUAAGUCCAUCUCAUCUUAUGAGGAAAUCUUCUCCGGCUUUAACUGUUAACUGCAGUAAUGUGCCAAAUAAGGAGCUGAUUCAGUUAUGUCCUUCAGAAAUGGAGGUUUUAGAUGCCUCAGAACAAAAUUGGGGCACUAAUUCAUUCCCAAACAAUGAACCUCUCCUCAGUAAGAGCCUUUUUUAUUGCAUUUGUGGCUUCUUUAAACAUGACUCAGAGUUGAAUUUCAAUGCAAUGUGUGAAAAUGAUGAUACUUUUACGGCUGCUCUCAUGAAUUACUUAGAAGCAGAAGGAGGCCUUGGGGAUCCAGGAGAACUCAGUGAUAUACAAUGGACUCUCUACUGUUGCUUUUUUAUAGAAAUGAGAAGGAAUGUCUCUUCAAUGCACAAGAACCCUCAAAAAACUCCUCAAGUACUGUAUUGGUAAUUUUUUUAAAAUUGUAUGUUAAUUCAUAGUUACUAUCUAUACGUUUUUAAAGACUUACGCCUUGUUCACAGAGAAAUGGCUUCUGCUACACAUGUAGAAAAAAUGCAAUAUUUUUUCAUGAUGGAGAACCUCAGAAUUUUAUUACAGAUCCAUAUGUAACUGGAAUGUUUAAAACACAUGGUUAUAUUUUUGCUAAAAAGCAUUAA